AUGGCACCAUUGAACCUGAACACGGUCCUGAGACCUCCCCACGUCACAUUUGACCUCCCUGGUCCCUACCACCGCCACUCCCUCCGAUCAGUCCUGGACUUCUUCACUACCGCCGACCGGGACAAUGUCUUCAGCCACAAUUCCCACAGCGGCAAACAGCACAGACAACAUAGCCACAACCAACUUUCUGGUCAUGCCCGGGUCCGCCCAUUAAUUUUCGACUCUGCACACGUCAUCUUCCCGAGCUUUGCCGUCAGAGAAACUACUCAGGCAUAUUUUCUCGAAGGCGAAUUCCCGGGAAACCAUGAUCCGAGUGAUAUCAGGAUCGGAAGAUUAGGGUCACAGGGUAUAUUGGUUGAGGCGAGGAGUACUGAGGAAGUGGAUCUUGCUUGGGAAGGUGGGGGCUCAUUUUUCGAAGGCCUCGCACCCCUGAGUUCCGAAUUUCCCACGCAUGAGGGAAAGGAGAGGCGACUCGAAGAAGGUCGCAUCACCAAGGGGAAAGAGAAAAAGUACGGACACAGGAAGGACAGUACCUCAACUCCUACAGAUGGGUCUUUCGGGCCAGCAUCAACUCAAAGCAUCAUUUGCACUGCCUUAGCGGAGCCCUUUCUCAAUAGGCUCACUGGCCGUGACGCCGCUCGCGAUGAGACAACCAGCACGUCUCGCCUCCAUUCUCCAGACGAACAUCUUUCCGUCUCACCCUACUCUCUGAAAGGCAUACCGGCCGCCUUCUCCGCAGUUUCACAUUUCUCCGACCGGUUGACUGUAACAGCUCAAAAGCUCGUCUGA